AUGACUCAGGACUCCGAUGCAGACAUAGGCCUUUGCGGUAAAACCAAUCAGGACCUCAGGACCUUCUCUGAGAGUCAUGCACAGCACAUAUGCACCACUGAACACCGUCUCAAAGAGAGCCUGGUUAACCAGACAAACACACUUGAGGCACUGAGACAGGACCUCGUAUCUGAUAGAGAAGAUGCCAAGCAGGAUCUCGAGACUAUCCGUGAAAACCAUGACCAACAUGUGCUGAACACCGAAGAACGGCUCAAAGAAUGCCUGGUCAACCGGACAGACACACUUGAGGCUUUCAGAAGUUCUGAGAAGUGUGUCGAACAAGAAUUGUCAAGCGUUCGAGAUACGCUGAACGUGUUGAAAGAGGUUGUCACCACAAGACUUCCAGCCAAGGAAGAUCAGCCUGAGGUCGUCGAGGAACGUUCAGCUACCUUGUCAUAUGCCCAAAUCGCCGAGAUCAAUUAUGACCCGUCCGAUGGAGCAGCAGUUGCAAGUGAGGUCGAUGUCCAUUUGCAGAGCCAAGGCACACAAACUCUACAGUCCAUCGGAGGAGUAGCCCAGGCCUGCAAUGACACGGACCUUGAGACUAUGUCUUCAAAUGGAAAACGUGUCGACGAUCGAGCGAAAGCUCUAGAAAAACUUGCUGAAAUGUACAGCAACGCAAUAUGUCCAAUGGCACUCGCUGAUCUCCUCCGGCCUUACAUGGGCUCAACGAGUCCCAGCUUGGAAAGAAGCCAGGAGCCUUCCGUCUCGCCUACAAGGUCCAGGGCCAUCUCAGAAGAAAAGCCAGCCCAGCAAGUGUUAGGUAGAGAAGAGGUUCGGAUUGAGGCGAGAUCAGGCCUUGAUCGGGAGAAGGGACAGAAGAAAUCUAAGAGUAUACACCGAGUUGAUCUUGUCGGAGUGUUUGGUCCUAAGCAGCUGUUGUCUAGUACGCCAUCUUUGAUCAGUAAUAGUGGUGGACCUGUACAUGGACAGAAAGCCCAGAAACGAAAGUGCGAGGCGUCAGAGAUUCCUCAAUCUCGAGCGGACUUGCUGCAACAACAACAACAGCAAGCGUACCGCAAGAAACAAAGGAAGUGA